AUGAAUUGUACUUCAAGAAACGAAAAUACUCAAAAGGUCGAGCCUGCCUUCUACACUGUUUUUCCUCCGAAGCCACAUCCAACAGGAAUCUUGGUGUAUCAUUUGGCCACCAAAAUUGAUAAGGUUGACGAUAAAUUUGAUGCCGUGCAUUGCGUCCCAUUUAUCAUUCGUACACUUCCCAAUUCUCUUGGUUGCACACGACCGUUAAAUGUAGAUAGUGUUUCAGCUGCUUUCCCACCAGCUGUCGAUCAUAAUAACAAGUUGUUGUUAUCCUACCAUACCAUCGUUAAUGAACCGGCUUGGUCUUCAUUAGCUAUAUUACUAAAUUUAUAA